UGAGUUGUUAUCGGAAUUUGCCAAAUUUUUGGGCAGCAACGGGAAGUAUAAAACUUGUGCCCCAAAUCAGACUCAUUCAUUCGGUUGAAAGACUCGUAGUUUUGAACAUUCAUCUAUACAGAGAAGCCAUCGUAUCCAAAAAAUCCGCUCAAGAUGAAAACCUUCAUUCUACUUGCUUUCCUGAUUGCCGCAGCUGCCGCUCAGGCUUGUGUCCGUGACGAUACCGAUGGACGCCCGGCAUGCAAUGCUGCAGAGGUGACACAGGGUCGAUGGAGGAACCAUUGGGACCCUACCGCUUACUGGCAGUGCACAACCGCAGGACAAGCCGCCGCUGCCGUGCGAUGCCCGACCGAAGGUAUGUUCGAUCCAAUCUCCUUGCAAUGCAUCAACUGGUUCGACUGGGUCUGGCAGCCAACCUGCAAACCACCAAGUGCACUGUAAGCGUUAAUUAUGUUCUCGGCAAUAAUAAAGUGUUUUAAUUGAAA